UCCAUUUCCUCUGUAUCUCAGAUUUUGUUUCUUCAUCUUCAUUUGCUCUCUGAUCUUUUGGUUUUCAACCGACCAAAAAAAUGGGUGGUGGGGAAUACAAGCAUCACGACGACGAAGCAGACAGGGGGCUUUUUAGCCACCUUGCACACGGAGGAGGUUCGUAUCCACCUCAGCACGGGCACCCACCGCAGCAGGGCGGCUACCCUCCGCAAGGGUACCCGUCCCAUCAGGGCGGCUACCCUCCGCAAGGGUACCCGCCCCAUCAGGGUGGCUACCCUCCGCAGCAGGGGUAUCCUCCUCAAGGUUACCCGCCUCAACAGGGGUACCCACCGGCUGGGCAUCCUCAGCCUGGCCAUCACGGCUCAUCUGGACACCAUGGUGCAGGGGCGUUGCUGGCUGGUGGUGCGGUCGCUGCUGCAGCUGCUGUCGGUGCUCACCAUCUCACUCAAGGUGCUCACCAUGGCCAAGGUUCUCACGGUUCUCAUGGUAUUCUCCCUGGCGGUUACGGUGCUCACAAUGUUGGUCACGGCGUUGCAUCACAUGGCGGGAAGCAUGGGAAGCACGGCAAGCAUAAGAAAGGCAAGUUCGGGAAGCAUAAGAAAGGCAAGUUCAGCAAGCACGGUGGAUGCAAGUUCAAGAAAUGGAAGUGAUCCCUAACAUACUGCAAAAAACUCAACCGAAAUGCUGAUCCUAUAGAUAAAUAAAUGAGCUGUCAAUUACGCGAUGUAGUUCGAUGGAAGUCUGUUAUGUGUUUAAUUCUGCAGAAUUAGAACCAUCUGUUUUUUCUUGUGACUUUGAUUCCAUAUAUUUUGCCUCCUUGGCCAUUUGACCCUCAUUGGUAAUAUAUCUGCUUGUAGAAAUGUGUUUAA